AAAAACUUCAGGAGGAUGGCGCGGGAAGUCGUCGCACCGUCUUCCAGCGCUGCUCCGAGGUUAUGAGGGAUUUGUUUACGUCUCUCUCGGCGGACAAAGACGUUAUCAGGCAUGAGUGUGUUGGAGGUGAAGUUCGUUGGUGAUGGGGAUGUCGUGGAGCACAUCGUGGACAAACAGGAGGGUGUGCAGAGUAACGGUGGGUCGGUCCAGAAGAUGGUCACGUUCAAGAGGCAGGCCGGCCGGCGGGCCCGAGAGGAUGCUGGGGAUGAACAUUGUGUCUCUGAUGAGCUGAAUUACAUCCAUGCUUUAGGAACGGACAAUGCAGAAGACGAUGACGAGGGAAUGUCAAGAGUGGCCGGAUCCUCCAUUUUCACCUUUCAGAAAAUGAAACGGGCCCACAGCAUGGCCCAGACUGCAAAUGAGUUGGCACGGACUCCCGGGAAAAGCGUGACCUUCAGCAAGACCCCGGAUGUUGAACCCUCCACUCCGACCCGAACGGGCCGCAACAACAAAGGGGAAAGCCGGACACCGCAGAGGAGCAAGAAGGUCCAGUUUGUCUCCACAACACCGCACAGGCUCAGGAAAAGAAUGACAACUCCGAGCCUUCGGUCUGACAGCGACAGCGAGAUGUCGCCCUCGGACUCUGGGGAGGACGAAGGGGAGGAUGAAGAUGGGAUGGAGGAAGAGCAGAAGGUAAAGAAAGAGGAUAAGGAGAACUUGAAGACUCCGAAGGCACCUGGUAAAGGUUCAUCUGCAGCUCUCUACAAGACUCCCGCCAAGAAGAGCAAGAACACGGCCGAACCCCUCAACCAGCCCAGUAUGGUGGAGGAGUAUUUUGAGGCCCAUGGCAGUUCAAAAGUCUUGACCUCAGACCGCACUCUCGAACGUUUACACACCCCUAAAAUCGACAGGGAGACUUUGGUGCAGCUUCUAGCGGGAAAGCCGUCCUGCUACGCAGAGGAGAUCCAGCAGCUCCACAGGAAACACGCAAAGCACUUUAGCAAAUGGAUGUUACAGUUACAGUUGGGCUUCAGUGUGCUGGUCUACGGUUUGGGCAGCAAAAAAGCUCUGCUGGAGGACUUCCGCGUGUCUCACCUGGCACAAGAAAUCCACCUUGUGGUUAAUGGAUUCUUCCCUUCCAUUACUCUUAAAUCGAUCUUAAACGCUCUGACGUGUGAGAUUCUAGAGCACCAGGGAAGUUUCCGAACACCCUCGGACCAGAUCCAGUUCAUCGCUCAGACCCUUAAAGACAGCCCGGAUCUUCACGUAUACCUGUUAAUUCAUAAUAUCGACGGGCCGAUGCUGCGAGGAGAGAAGACCCAGAGUGCACUGGGGCAGCUGGCGUCCCUCCACAACCUGCACUUGGUGGCUUCUUUGGACCACAUCAAUGCUCCACUGGUGUGGGACCAGUUUAAACAGAGUCAGUUCAACUGGCUGUGGUGGGAGUGUGUGACGUUCCAGCACUACGCAGAGGAGACGUCGUACGAAAACUCUCUCCUGGUGCAGCAGACCGGCGCGCUCGCGCUGUCCUCCCUCACGCACGUGCUCCGCAGCUUGACACCCAAUGCGAGAGGAAUUUUCAAGCUGCUGGUGAAAUUUCAGCUGGAAAACAAAGACAAUCCUUCCUAUACAGGAUUGUCCUUCCAAGAUUUCUACCAGCGUUGUCGAGAGGCAUUCUUGGUCAACUCCGACCUCACUCUGAGGACACAGCUGACUGAGUUCAGAGACCACAAACUGAUUCGCACACGCAAGGGUGCAGAUGGCGUCGAGUGCCUGACCGUCGCUGUGGACCCAGGCACGUUGAUAGACUUCCUGGAGAAUGAGGAGGGCGACUGAAAGGAGGAGGCUUUAGACUCCUUUAAAAGUUUUCCUGCUCAGUUCAUGAACUUGCUUUUCCAGCAGAUAAUUUUUGGCUGAAUCAGUCACUGAUAUAAAGGUCAAGUUACAUCUGAUAUACGAAACAUGGGCCCAUCGUACAGACCCUGCACAGUUUAAAUCAAAUCACUGAGUUGUCCAAAAUGCCCCUUUGUAGCACUGUGAUAUUCACACUGUGUAUGAAUGUAUACAUGUUUUCUGCCAACAUUUUUGUAAUUAAAUUCAACACUGAAAGUCAA